ACAGUCCAAACCGAAAGCGCCCUAUAUCAGGGUUUAAACAGCCUUCAUUCUUUCUCCUCUCUCGCAUAAAAUCUCGGCGGCCGAGAUUUUGUAACAUCUCUUCUCCUCCGACGACGUAUACGCAUUCCCGGUCAAUCAAUACAGGUUAGGUAGGAAUCUGAGAAUAUAAUGGCCGAUGAAGAAAAGCCUAUCACGUACAUAAAUGAAGUUAUUUUGAAGAAGAGGAGGACCAAUGAAGACUGGGCUAUUAGAAGGAAGCAACAGCUGGAGGAGAGGGUUAAGAGAUCCAAACAUGAUAAUUUUGUUAUCAAGAAACCGGACCAGUUUGUCAGAGAGUAUCGGGACAAGGAGUUGGACCUCAUACAGAUGAAGCAGAGGGGGUCCCGCCUCAACCAACGUAAGCGGGCCUUUGAGGUUCCAGAAUCCAAGCUUCUUUUUGUCAUACGCAUACAAGGAAAAAAUGACAUGCACCCCAAAACUCGACAACUUUUGUACUCUUUGGGGCUCAGACAAAUUUUCAGUGCUGUCUUUCUGAAGGCAAAUGAUAGGACAAUGAAAAUUUUGCAUAAAGUGGAGCCAUAUAUUACAUAUGGAUAUCCCAACUUCAAGAGUGUUAAUGAACUGAUAUACAAGAAGGGUUUGGCAAAGAUCAAGAAGGAAAGAGUUCCGUUGACAGAUAACAAUGUCAUUGAGCAGGCAAUGGGCAAGUAUGGCAUAAUAUGUAUAGAGGACAUCAUCAAUGAAAUUGCUAAUGUUGGGAAACAUUUCAAGGAGGUUACGAGGUUUUUGUGCCCCUUUAAGUUGAACAAGCCGGAAAAGGCAUUGCAGGGUAAGAAGAAACGUUACAGUGAUGGUGGAGAUACUGGGAACCGUGACACUCAGAUCAAUGAGCUAAUUAGUAAGAUGAAUUAGUUCAAGAACACAUCUGAAGAGGAGAUUGUGAUUUUCCUACACUUCACUUUCACCGGUUGCAGAUAAAUGGAUUUUAAAGUUAUCAAAGCCUGGCAUUAAAUCGUAUGGUGUAGUUGUAGUUUGGCUUUAAAUUUUGCUUUUCAUUUUUGGGUAUGUAGAUUAAACCAACUGCUUGAAUUGGAUGCUUAACCAACAAUUCAAUUACUAUAAUGGAGGAGUGAAUUUGCAGUAUCA